CUUUCAAAUUGACUCGGGCCGUGCAAAGUCUUUACUACGAGGGUUUUUAUCUGUUACUCAGAGGAUGUCCAGAAACAAGGACAAAUUAUACGAUCAGUUAUUUUAAUAGACCUUAUCGACAUACUGAAAAAUGACGAAAAUUGAAAAACGAUUGACGCAUUAAAAACCUUAUCAUUUUGUAUAUAAAGCAGUUUAAACGUUUAGUUUGUACAAUACUAGUUUGAGAAAUUUUUCUGAUAAUAGCCUUAACUAACUCUCUUAAAAUGGGGUUCUUUUCGAGUUUUGUUGUAGUGACAUUAGUCACCAUACAGGCAGCAAUACCGUCGGAUGCCGUGGAAUGUGGGGACGCGACCUGGACGCAAUUUGAAGACAGCAAAUGUCUGCAACUAGUCGAUGAAUUAUUAACCCGAGAAAAUGCAGCGAUAACAUGCGCUAAUCUCGCCGUUGGAUCUUACAACAUUCCACAAAUCGUGUCCAUCAAAUCCCCAACUGAACAGGAAUUCAUUACAAACUGGAUAUUUAACGAGAGCGACAUUUUCGACAGCGUAUGGCUCAACGGAGAUCGCUACAAUGAGACGACCUUCGUCUGGAGGGAUGGAGACCACAUGUCCAUGACCAAUUGGGAUGUGGGAUACCCAACAAACGACUCUGCAAAUGGUUGCAUGCAAAUAAGUCCCAAAGCUCAGAGAGUAAUUACCGCAACGGAUGAUGGACUUUGGAGAGAUGUUCCUUGCACGAAACGCAAUGUAGUGGUUUGCGAAAAGAAGCCGAUGUUAACCGUCCCAGAAUUGCAAGAUAUUGUCUUCAACUUGCGAGAUAAUCCGGUUGAACGUGUUCAACUACCGGACCGCCCUUCACCUCAGGAGCUGUGGCCAAACUUGAUUUGGAGAAAUGUUACCGGGGAAUUUGCAGGACUCUUUUUCCGAGCGGAAGGAGGAACUUCUGAUAGUUUUGGCACCGUUCAAGAACAAAGUGAUAACCAUUUGGUCCAAGUAGAAUUAUCCUAUCACCCGGGUAAUGGGUUUAAUCCCCCUGAUGUAAUUACUGUUCCAGCCAGUGGCUACUCGGAUUAUGUAGAAGCAGGUGCAAUUGCUCCUACUUGGACUUCUCGUGAGGCUUUGCGAUUUCGAAACUCUGGAGCGGAAAGUCGACCAAGAAAUACCGCCGUCAGGAUUUGGGAACGAGCUUAAUAAAAUAAUCCUAAGCGCGUACUCUAUUACAUAUAAUUAACGAUGACACGCACAAGAAUGAAUGAUAAAUAUUAAUAAACAAGGUCCAAGUGGUGUCUAUUAUUCUGUGUGUUGCUAACAUUAUUUACUGGCAACAUUAAAAAUUACUUAGAUCACUUUGCUCCCUUCAAUCGGUCGAAUAUAAUUUCAUUAGAAUAGAAUACGAAUAUAUCCAAAUGAUAAAUUUUCAACAAUUGUAAAUUUCAGAAAUUCCUAAUGAUACCCUUACCUUGUAUGAAAAUAUGUGGACUUAAUCUGAAAAGAUGGACCCAAUUUUGUUCAAAGUUAGAAACAGA